CCCCCCCACUGAUGAUCCUGCUCUCCGGUACCGGGGACAGAGUCUCGCGCUGCGCUCGUGCAAGGAACUGGAUCCGGUUUUUUAUUUUUAUUUUUUACCGCGCUGGAUUGUAAUCCAUUAAACAAAAAUAAGGGACGAGAUGGACAGAAUACAAGAAGAACCGCGUGGGCCGUAGUUACAGACUCUAUCCCGUCACGACAUGUCACUUGUCAUGACAGAGACGUCUAUGGGCUUCUUUGAAAAUGCGUAACGAGAGAACCAGAUACGAUUUAAUCGUUGGCAAUGAACUUGACUUUCCAUUCCUCCACAUUAACAGGAGGGCAUGGCUCAAUGCACAGAUUCCUAAAAGCUUUGGAACAUAAUUCCUUUUCUGCACGAUCUCAGUAAGACAUCAGUAGAGCAGUUUGUGAGUGCACAGCGCAUUAUGCCCGUUCAGUGCUGCAUUGAUGUAAGGGAAACGCUGGAGCGGAGGACAAACCGAACCGUCGUGUGAUGUGACUCGUGUCUCUGGGAUUAGUAGCCUACCAAACAAUCUGCAGAAAUAGUCUAAUGGACAAUUACUCAACGCUUCAGUUGCAGUGUCUGGAGAUGACUACUAAGAGGAAGUUCAUCGGCCGCCUGGUGCCCUGUCGAUGCUUCCGGGGGGAGGAGGAGGUCAUCUCAGUGCUGGAUUAUUCCCACUGUAGCCUGCAGCAGGUCCCUAAGGAGAUCUUCAGCUUCGAGCGCACGCUAGAAGAGCUCUACCUUGACGCCAACCAGAUUGAGGAGCUGCCUAAGCAACUCUUCAACUGUCAAGCACUCAAGAAGCUGAGCAUGCCUGACAAUGACCUCUCCAGCCUGCCAACCACCAUCGCCAGCCUUGUGAAUCUAAAGGAGUUAGAUAUAAGUAAAAAUGGUAUUCAAGAGUUUCCAGACAACAUCAAAUGCUGUAAAUGUCUAUCAGUUGUGGAGGCCAGUGUAAAUCCUAUAGCCAAGCUCCCAGACGGCUUCACCCAGCUCCUCAACUUGACACAGCUCUUCUUAAAUGACGCCUUCCUUGAAUACCUGCCUGCCAAUUUUGGGAGAUUAUCUAAAUUACGAAUCCUGGAGCUCCGUGAGAAUCAUCUGAAAACUAUGCCAAAGUCAAUUCAUAGGCUGUCGCAACUGGAGCGGUUAGACUUGGGAAGCAAUGAAUUCUCUGAACUGCCAGAAGUGCUGGAGCAGAUCCAUAGUUUAAAAGAGCUGUGGUUGGACAACAAUUCAUUACAAACCAUACCAGGGUCUAUUGGGAAACUGAGGCAGCUGCGAUAUCUAGACUUGGCUAAGAACAGGAUUGAGAGUCUAGAUGCAGAUAUCUCCGGCUGCGAGUCCUUAGAGGAUCUGCUCCUCUCUUCCAACAUGCUGCAACAGUUACCUGAGACAAUAGGAAAGUUGAAAAAGCUGACGACAUUAAAAGUUGAUGACAACCAGCUCACCUCCCUGCCUAACACCAUUGGAAGUUUAUCACUUUUAGAGGAGUUUGACUGUAGCUGUAAUGAACUGGAAUCCCUGCCUCCCACCAUUGGCUACCUGCACAGUCUUCGGACAUUUGCGGCUGAUGAGAACUUCCUGACUGAGCUGCCCAGGGAGAUUGGAAACUGCAGGAAUGUUACGGUCAUGUCCUUGCGCUCCAAUAAAAUAGAGUUUCUGCCUGAUGAAAUUGGACAGAUGACAAAGCUACGUGUUCUCAAUCUAAGUGACAAUAGGUUAAAGAAUCUUCCCUUCACUUUCACUAAAUUGAAGGAUCUUGCUGCACUCUGGUUAUCUGACAAUCAGUCCAAGGCCCUUAUCCCCCUUCAAACAGAGGCUCACCCUGAGACCAAACAGAGAGUUCUUACCAACUACAUGUUUCCUCAGCAGCCCCGGCACGAUGAGGAUUACCAGUCUGACAGUGACAGCUUUAAUCCCACUCUUUGGGAGGAACAGAGACAGCAGAGGAUGACAGUGGCAUUUGAGUUUGAGGACAAGAAAGAAGAAGAGGACAACUCAGGAAAAGUGAAGGUUGAGAUUAAUCUGAAGCGCUAUCCAACCCCUUACCCAGAAGACCUAAAGAAUAUGGUGAAGUCAGUGCAGAACCUGGUGGGUAAAACCACUCACCCCCUCAACACUGAAAAAUGUUCUUCUGGGACCAAUAUGGAGCUCCACAGCCAAGACAAGUAUGAGCCCAAGUGGCCCAUUGCUCCUAAGGAGGUGACAGAACGAGAGGUCAAAGACUUUUCGAAACUACCAAUGUCCGAACAAGGUGUCAUCCUCAACUCAGCCAUUGACAUCCCAAAACGCAAAGACAAAGAGGAUCUGACCGAGAGCUCAGAAGACUCCAUGGGAGGCUCCCCUAAUGAUAUCCGAAUUUCUGACAUGCGGCCAACUUUGGUAGAGCCAGCAAUGUACAAACCAAAAGUUGUGUUACUGGGCAAGGAAAAAAAAGAGUCCACCGAUGAGUCUGAGCCAGACAAAAUGCAUUGUUUGAACAACAGCGGAUCAUCUGCCACUUAUUCAGACUACUCACCCUCCCAGGGAUCAUCUGGCUCCUCCAACCCACCUGGAAAUGUCAGUAAUCUGCAAACAUCUGGGAAAGAGGGGCCACCACAGACUCACUGGACCAACAGGCUGGCUCAGUCUUUUCCAAAGCCUAUUGAAAGUAAGCCCCUUCUGAGCCAGAGGGAAACACCUCCUUCCAGCACGCUGCAGCAACGAGGUGAGAGGCGGCCACUGAGCGACACCUUCGACAGCUGGAACGAUGCCCCCCACUACGAUAACACAGGUUUCGUUGCAGAGGAGACGCCUCUUGACACUCCAAACAGCAGCGCUGGAAACCCCAUGCUAGGCUCAAAGCCCCGGAGUGCCUCAAUGGCACAUGGCCGGCGGCCUCUCAUGAGACAAGAGCGCAUUGUGGGAGUUCCUCUAGAGCUUGAUCAGUCACAACUCACUUUCCACACUGUUCGCACCACUCCUGAAACUGAAGUGCCUCCUUCCUCUAACCCCUGGCAGAACUGGACGAGGACUCCCAGUCCCUUCGAGGACAGGACAGCUUUUCCUUCCAAGUUGGAAAUUACUCCAGCCAACAGCCCCAAUCCUGAUCGUAAAGACUUCGAACAGGAGAUGGGGGAACUAUCCGGCACCUUUCCCUCAAAUAGAGCCUGGGGGUUUCUGGACUCUACGGACUCAGGGAUGGGACGAGGUCAUCCCAACAUUUCUGCGCAUGUCCAGGGUGUAAAAGAACCGAACAAAUUAGGCACUAUGGUUCUUAGCAAGAGUUCUGAAAGACUUUCGCCAAUGAUGAAGGAGGUAAAAGCGAAAUUUAAGAAAUCUCAGAGCAUAGAUGAAAUCGAUAUGGGGUCGUACAGGGUUUACAGCAUACCCUUGGACAGCUACAGUUCUAGCAUAGAAAACCAGGGAAGUGUUGAUCGAGCGGACCUCCCUGUACCUCUAGAACAGAGCAUGUCCAGGAGCCAAUCUGCUCCAAUGCUGGACGAUGAUCUGGAUGGCUUUGGUUUGAAAGGCUCUCAGCAACAGAAACCUGCCAUCCCAAAGAAAGUUUACCAUUUUGACCAAAGCUUCAACCCACAAAGAGCCAUGGAUGUUAUGAAAGCGGAGAGGAGAGUUCCUCCGCCAUUCCCCAAUGCCCCUGAAUAUGUAAACCAACCUGGGAAGACAUUGGCAAAGGAACUCGUGAGCCCAAGAGGCUACCGAGGCUAUCCUCCAAUGGAACAGAUGUUUUCAUUUGCUCAGACUGCAGUCACCGAUGAUGCCAUCAAUCCACAGCUCUCGGUCCAGCCCCAGCGCUCCAGACCAGGCUUCCUGAGGCGCGCUGACUCUCUGGUAAGUUCGACCGAGAUGGCGCUGUUCCGCAGAGUAGCUGAGAACCAAGAAAUGCAGCUGGCAGAGCACUACAACAGGUCUCAACAGAGCAUGCUGGAACAACAGAACAACUUGGCUACAAUCUCUGACACCCAGUUCCACAAGAGGAAUGGUAGGUAUGACGAAGAUUACUCGUCUUAUCAAGAACCCAAAAAGCCCAUCAUGGGUUACCCCACCAAGAGUCUGACACAACGUCGCCCCCUGUCUGCACGGAGCUACAGCACAGAGACAUAUGGGGCAUCUCAGGCAAGGCCAGUGUCUGCCCGACCCACCAUGGCUGCACUGCUGGAGAAAUUGCCUUCAGAUUACAAUCUUAGUACAUGCACUGAGAAGAGCCCUGAAGCUGACAUGAAGAUGAGAUCUGUCCCUCAAAAACAAGAGGACCCGACCUCCAAAAUGCCAGUAGAUUGGAGACAGCAGCUGCUUAGACACAUUGAAUCAAAGAGGCUAGACCGGAGCGCUGUCCUUAAGCACAACACAGUAAACUUCGGCAUGCUGUACUCUGGAGGCUAUGCUGCACCGCAUGUCAGCAGAAGCAUGACAAUAAACUUUUACAAUAACACAAAGCAUGAAAACCAAACAACUCAGUGGCUACCUCUACCGAAUACACCUUCACAACAGAGCAAUAUUUUAGAUAAUGGACAAGAAGUGGUUUCCCCAAGUAGCCAGUGGGCCCCGUAUUCACUGGGACGAAGAGACGUGCCACCAGAGAACAUGAAUAUCAUCAAAAAGCCUGGUGUUCACAAUCCCCAUCAACAACAGACUAUGAUGAUAACCUCAGCCAACCAUCCCCACCGGACGGCCCGUGACCAGCAGUAUGAGGGGGCCAUCAACAAGGUGUCCAUCCAGCAGUACCAGUCACCUCUGCCCAUGCCCAUCACUACCACCAGCCCCCGGCCUCAGAGCGCCCGCUGCUUCAUCCAGACUAAAGGCCAGAAGAGUAUGGAUGGCUUUCCAGAGCAGCUCUGUGUAAGGAUCGAGAAGAACCCUGGCCUUGGUUUCAGCAUCUCAGGGGGAAUCAGUGGACAGGGGAACCCCUUCAAGCCCUCGGACAUGGGUACAGCCUGAUGGACCUGCCGCCAACGUUCUUCAACCAGGGGACAAAAUUCUGAAGGUAACACUGUUCUCCAUCACAUUGUCCCACAAGCUGUGACAAUGCAUCUUCCGCCACACUGCCAGUGGAGGGCUUUGCAUGUGGCAUUAAAUGUCCAGUGUGUGUGUAUGUUUGUGUCUCAAACAAGUGAGCAUGGACCUCUGUUGUUAUGUUUGACCAACUUUGAAAUGCGUUAUUGUUCUGAUUAAAAAAAAACAAAGAUUGUUAUAACAUUUUGUUUUGUAAGUCAGUUAAAUGACCUGCAAUAUAUUUGACAUUAUAAGAUAUCAAUUGAUGAAUUUGAUUAAUCAUAUAUUACAAAAUGAAUGUAAAUCAGUCAAACAGACCACACCACUCAAUUAACAUUUAACUUUGCGAUGCAGAUUGAAUCUGGUCUUUUUAGUGUAGUGAAAUAUAAACCUUCACCUCCAAAAAAUGACUAAUUAAAUAUUAUGAUUAUUAUUAAAAAUAUAAACUUUAUAUUAUUAUUAUUAUUAUUAACAAUUUACAGUAAGUUUUCAUUCAUUAACAUUAGUUAAACAAUACUUAAAUACUUUAUUAAUAUUAAUCAAUGUUAAUGUUAAUGUCAACAUUUACUGAUACAUGUUUAAAUAAAAAAAUUUAUAUUGGGUAACAUUAAUGCACUGUGAACUAACAUAAACAAUGAAUUACAUUUUAUUAAUUUAUAAUGAUAACAUGUAAAUAUAUUGCCCAUUGUUAGUUCAUUUUAUCUAGAUAAUGCAUUUAACAUAUUGUAAAGUGUUACCUGUUUCUUAUUAUUAUCAGUGUUAAAAACAUUUAUGUUGUUUAGAAGUUUUAUGGAAACCGGGAUACAUUUUUCUCUGAUUAAUAGAACAUUCAAAAGAAUAGCAUUUAAAACACCAUAAAUGUCUUUCCUGUGAUCAGUUUAAUGGUUCCUUAUUGAAUUAAUUAAAUAAAUCUUACUAAAUUCUAGUAAACCUUUUUAAUUGUAGUACAGGUGCAUCUCAGAAAAUUAGAAUAUCCUGGAAAAGUUCUUAUUUUUUUGUCAUUUAAUUAAAAAAAAGCUAACUUUCUUAUAUUCUAGAUUCAUUGCACACAAACUGAAAUAUUUCACAAGUUUUUUAUUUUAAUUCUGAUGGUUAUGAUUUACAGCUUAGGAAAAUAAAAAAUUCAAUAUCUCAAAUUUUUUUAUAUAUAUUUUCUCAAAGAUCAAUCAAAAAAGAUUUACAAAACAGAAAUGUUCAAGAUCUCCAAAGCAGGUUUAAUUAUGCACUCAGUACUUGGAUGGGGCUCCUUUUGCACGAAUUACCGCUUCAGUGCUGCAUGGCAUGGAGGCAAUCAGCCUGUGGCACUACUGAGGCGUUAUUGAAGCCCAGGUUGCUUUGAUAGCGGCCUUCAGCUCCUCUGUAUUGUUUGUCAGAUGUUACUUCUCAUCCUCUUCACAAUACCCCAUAGAUUCUCUGUGAGGUUCGGGUCAGGUGAGUUGGCUGGCUAAUCAAGCACAGUAAUACCAUGGUCAGCAAACCACUUGGUAGUGGUUUUGGCACUGUGUGGACAGGUGCUAAAGUCCUGCUGGAAAAGGAAAUCAGGAUCUCCAUAAAGCUUGUUAACAGAUGGAAGCAUAAAGUGCUCCAAAAUCUCCUGGUAGAUGGCUGCAUUGACUUUGGAUUUGAUAAAACACAAUGGAGCAACACAAGUAGAUGUCACGGCACCCAAAUCAUCACUGACUUCAGAAACUUCACACUGAACUUCAAACAGCUUGGAUUCUGUGCCUCUCCAGUCUUCCUCCAGACUCCAGAACUUGAUUUACAAAUGAAAUGCUAAAUUUACUUUCAUCUGAAAAGAGGACUUUGUACCACUGAGCAACAGUCCAGUUCUUUUUCUCCUUACCCCAGGUGAAAUGGUUCUGACCUUUUUUUCUGGUUCAAGAGUGGCUUGGUUCUUGGAAUGUGAAAGCUGUAGCCUUUUUCCUGAAGAUGUCUGAGUGUGGUGACUCUUGAAAUCCUCCCAUGUUCUUGAAUCAUCUUUUCCUGACAAUCUUCCCAAGGCUGUGGUCAUCCCUGUUGCUUGUGCACCCUUUCCUACCAGACUUUUUCCUUCCAGUCAACUUUCUAUGAAUAUAUUUUGAUACAGCACUCUGUGAACAGCCAGCCAUUUCUGCAAUGACCUUCUGUGGCUUACCCUCCUUGUGGAGGGUGUUGAUGAUUGUCUUCUGGACAACUGUCAAGUCAUUAGACUUUCCCGUAAUUGUGGUUGCAUGUUCUAAACUAGCUGAAGAGGUACCCAGUAUUUAUACUCAAAAUUAAUCAAACUAAGCUUUAAGUCGUAACAUAAGAAUUAAAACAAAAAACUCUUGAAAUAUUUCAGUUUGUGUGCAAUGAAUCUAGAAUAUAAGAAGAAUAUAAUUUGCGUUUUUGAAUUAAAUUAGAAAAAAUAAAGAACUUUUCCAUAAUAUUCCAUUUUUUUAGAUGCACCUGUUUGUAUAAAUAGAGUAUAUACAAAUUUAUAAUAUAUAUAUAUAUAUAUUUUCUUGUAGAACAUUUCCAACAAAAAAAUAAAUAAAUGAAAGCACAUACAAGCCUAAACAACAUGGGAAGUUAUUGGGUUGUCUCUGGUUUUGUUUGUUGCUGUCAGUGUACGGCACUAGAAUGGCCUGCAGAAAGCAGCUCCUUCUCUUUCCACAGAUCCAGAGUUAAAGACCAGCUUCUUUCCACCUUCUCUCCUUUUACAGCAUGAUCUCCCGUGUGCAUCUCUCUCUUUUCUCUCCCUCACAGUGUAUAUCUCUUUAUCCUCUAUGAGCUAGGCCUGCUCCCAGCCCUACUGUACUGCUGUGCCCGUUCCUGCUACCCUCCCUCCCUCCCCUCUCUCAGUUCAUUUUGUUUACCUUGUGCUUCAUUCUUGC